AUGCUGACCACAGUAGACAUGCUUUUGUUCCUUUGUCUCAUUUGUACAGCAGAUGCCUUGUACAAGCAAUGGAUCCCUGAUACUAACUUUGAGAACGGGACCAACUGGGAUGGUGGAGUGGUCCCUUGUGGUAAGUCUGUGGCUGAUUUUGCUGCUGAGAGCAAAGUGUCUGUUUUUGUGGAGACUGCCCAUGCUGUCAAAGAACUGCGCCUGCCUAUUUUUGGUGAGUUUAUUCUCAACUCUGGUGCAGGAUUUUUUGUCUCCAAUGAAAACGAACCGGGUUGUGAAUCGUCUACGAUCAAAUUCAAAAACCCUGAUUCUCUCAAGUGGUUUGACCCGACCUUGUGGCAAUCAGCUACGACUCAAGAUGACCUUCUGAACAAAAACUUCCUAUUUUCAGUGCACGAGGAGAGCAUCCCUUGUAAAUAUGACCAUGUCGUCUUCAAAGCCAGCUCCUCAUUCAGAGUGGACACCAGCUCCGAUCAAGGUCAAAUACCAGUCAAUUCUGUUUCCAUAUUCGGGAAAAAGUUCCAAGAUGGCAGUGAGUUUUCCCAGUAUCUCCAAACCCAGACUGGACAACUGCAGUUUUAUGGCUCAUCUUCUGUCACUGUGGGUGCACCAUCUUGUGAGGACCCUACUGGUUGUGACUGUGGGAACUCUGCAAAUCAUCGACGGAUUUGUAGUGCAGUGACUUGUUCUCCCACUUCUUGUCGAAAGCCCUUACUUCCCAUGGGACACUGUUGUAAAGUUUGUGGGGCUAUUGUUAACAUUCAGUAUGCUCAAAAUUUUCAACUAGAGACUUAUAGGCAACGAAUACAACAUCUUUUCCUGGCGCUUUCUCAAUACAAAUCAGUUCAGGUAGGCAUGUCCAAAGUCAUCAAGCCCUUGAGACUAAUGGAAUUCAUCCCAUUUGGAUCACAGGCAGAAAUCCAGAUAGUAGUUGUAGAUAAAGAUAAAGGUUUCCAAGCAGAAGCAUUAGCUAAAGAAAUUGUUAAAGAUGCCAAUUCCCAUGGUUCUAAUUUAGGAAUAGUUGAGGCUGGAUUUCAAGCCUCUUCUGGGAACAAUAGCGGCCAGUCUGGAAAUGCUGGGAUGAUAGUUGGAGUUAUAUUUGGAGUUUUGAUCAUGCUUACCCUUAUUACCACUUUAGUUGUUUUGGUCAAUAAAAGGGUUGUCCAUAUACCUUCACUACCACCAAUGCCAUCCAUGAACUGGUUACGAAGAGGAAGUGACCAUGACCUUGGUGGGCCUUUAGACCUGGGCUUUGAUAAUCCCAUGUUUGACAAGCCUACAGUGCUGCCUGAACUGCCCAGUCUGUACACUCCAGAAAUUAACAUGUCAAUCUCAAUGGGGCAAUCCCAGGUGCACUUUGUUAAUCCAGUUUAUGAUGAGAAGGAAACUGACUUCAAUGCAUAA